AUCUUGUAUUUUUUGAAUAUUUCUGAUGAGCCUGUUCUGGGAUAUAAUCCUCCAGCUACAAUUACAACUUUUCAUGUACAUCUGUGGAGUUGUGCUCUUGAUUACAGGCCAUUGUUCUUGCCAGUCAGAUCACUACUUACUGUUGAAACUUUCAGCAUUUCCAGCAGUGUUGCAGUAGAUAAAUCCUCUUCUACUCUCAGGAUAAUUUUAGAUGAAGCUGCUUUGCAUCUGUCUGACAAGUGCAACACGGUUAUUGUGAACCUCCACAGAGAUUAUGUUCGUGUUAUGGAUAUGGGGUUGCUGGAACUAACCAUUACAGCAGUAAAAUCUGAUUCUGAUGGGGAAAAGACUAAACCACGAUUUGAGCUGCACUGUUCCAGUGAUGUGAUCCAUAUUCGUACCUGCUCCGAUUCAUGUGCUGCAUUAAUGAAUCUAAUACAAUAUAUUGCAAGUUAUGGUGAUUUACAUCCACCUGCUAAGACAGAGAUUAAACGUGGAGUUAGCAAGCCAAAAAUGAAGGUAGAGACCUUUAGCCAACCAUCUUCCCAUGGACCAGGCCUUGCUGAAUCAGAUCAACAGAUUUUACGGGAUUUAAUGAGUGAUGCAAUGGAGGAAAUUGAGACUCAACAGACUGCCUCUGCUGUGAAACCAGAGUCUAAUGGAAUUUUGGAUGACAGAUCUCAAACUCAGGAGCCAUCUUGCUCAGAUCUCUUCUUGUUUCCAGAUGAAAGUGGAAAUAUCUCACAAGAGCCAAGUCCCACUUACGAUUCAUUCACUCAUCACCUGAUAAAUGAGGCCAUGGGAGAUGUUCCCACAGAAAGUGAUGAUUUCUGUAUUCUUUUUGCACCAAAAGUUGCUGUUGCUGAAAAAGAGGAAGAGCCAGUAAUAAAAAUACUGGUUGAUGAUGCAAUUAUCAUAAAGGAAAAUCAUUUCAGCCAACCUAUUAAAAAAACAGAUACAAGCAAAGCUCCCCUUCAUUUUCCUGUUCCUCUGGUACGCUAUGUUGUGAAGGAAAUCUCUCUUAUUUGGCAUCUCUAUGGUGGAAGGGAUUUUGGGACUGCACCACCAGCAUCUCCAGCUAAAAGUUUCAUAAGUCCCCAUAGUUCCCCUUGUCAUACACCAACAAGGCAUGGACGGAGCACAGCAUGUGGAGGAAGAGGAAGAAACCCAGACUUCCUGAUGGAAAUACAAUUAAGCAAGGUGAAAUUCCAGCAUGAGGUGUACCCUCCAGGUGGUGCGGAAGGUGAAUCCUGUCUGUUGGAGCAGCCAGUGUCACGGCAGGUUUUUAUUGUUCAAGACCUCGAGAUCAGAGAUCGCUUAGCUACAUCACAGAUGAAUAAAUUUCUCUAUCUCUACUGUAGUAAGGAGAUGCCCAGAAAAGCACAUUCAAACAUGUUAACAGUUAAAGCAUUACAUGUCCGUCCAGAGUCUGGCAGAUCCCCGCAGGAAUGUUGUUUACGUGUUUCACUAAUGCCACUUCGCCUCAAUAUUGACCAGGAUGCCUUGUUUUUCCUGAAGGAUUUUUUCACUAGCCUCUCUGCAGAAGUAGAACUCUUAGUUACUCCAGAUCCUGAAGUUAAGAAGUCUCCUGGUGCUGAAGUUACAUGUAGUUUGCGCAGGCAUGUCAGCAGCCUUAAGGAACCAAGUCCAGUCAUUUCUUUCUCAUCACACAAACAAGCAAAUGAAAAUGGUAGCGUGGAUUCUAUAGAUGUGGUUAAUGGAGAAGAUCAUUAUUUCCCACAAGAAGUGAUGUCAUACAGUGAUCAGCCAGUAUUUUUCAGAGAAUUUCGUUUUACAUCAGAAGUUCCAAUACGGCUUGAUUACCAUGGCAAACAUGUAUCAAUGGAUCAGGGGACACUAGCUGGGAUUCUUAUUGGGCUUGCUCAGUUAAACUGCUCAGAAUUAAAGCUGAAGAGACUUUGUUACAGGCAUGGUUUAUUAGGUGUGGAUAAAUUGUUCUCCUAUGCCAUCAGUGAAUGGCUUAAUGAUAUAAAGAAAAACCAGCUACCAGGAAUUUUGGGAGGAGUAGGGCCCAUGCAUUCGCUAGUGCAGUUAGUCCAAGGUCUGAAAGACUUAGUGUGGUUACCAAUAGAGCAGUACCGAAAGGAUGGCCGUAUUGUAAGAGGCUUUCAAAGAGGAGCAGCUUCUUUUGGCACUUCCACUGCAAUGGCAGCACUGGAGCUAACAAACAGAAUGGUUCAGACUAUACAGGCGGCUGCAGAAACUGCAUAUGACAUGGUAUCACCAGGACCUACUUUUAUUGAAGCAAAAAAGAUCAAACGAUUCUCUCGCCAUCGUUUAGCUCAUCAGCCAGUAGACCUACGGGAAGGUGUAGCCAAAGCAUACAGUGUAGUAAAAGAGGGGAUUACAGACACAGCCCAAACCAUCUAUGAAACUGCUGCUCGUGAGCAUGAAAACAGAGGAGUAACUGGAGCAGUAGGAGGAGUGCUCCGCCAAAUUCCACCAACCGUGGUGAAACCUUUCAUUGUCGCAACAGAGGCAACCUCAAAUGUUCUAGGUGGAAUGAGAAACCAGAUCAGGCCAGAUGUGCGUCAAGAAGAGUCUCAGAAGUGGCGCCUUGGGGAGGAUUGAGAUUAUAAAGCUGGCUCAGCAGGUAGCAAAGCUGGAAAUGCAGAACACUUGCAUUGGCAGUUUUGGAUGGAGCUCACUUUGUUUUGUCAUGCUCAUCUCAGGAACAAAUGAGGUUGUCAACUACUGUUAGCAAAACAUCCAACCAAAAAUAUUUAUGAAGUGAAAAGCAAAUUGGUACUUGCUUAUACUGUGUGUUACCAAUACAUUUGGUAGAUAGUGCCAAACAUAGUGAAGCAUGCGCUGCCAACUCAGAGACAUGCUUGCUCUAUUCUGUUUACCAUAUUUUUCUUGGUAGAUUUAACAUCUGAAGCAGCAACCUGUAUGGUGAAACUAAAUAUACUUUAAAGAUGAUUUUGGAGCAUAGUCAAAGAACUGUCUUCAAUAAAGGGCUCUGCAGAUGCUCUUUACUGACUAAAGGAUAAAAGCUUUCAUUUUGGACAUGAAGUAUGAAGGCUGUGUAUUAUGGAAGCAGAUAACAUUGGUUAGCGGUCAUAAGCAUUGCUUUUAGCGUGGCACUUACAGCAAGGGCAAGCUGGAUAACCAUUCAGAAUUUGGAUUCAGUGUUGAUACACUUAUGAACAGGAUUUGUUCCUAAAUACUAAAUACCUACUUUUGUGGGUCUUGGAAGAACCUGAAUGUUGCAGAAACGUUCUGUUGUGUUGCACUUUAAAUGAUAUGGCCUGUAUAUUGUGCUUUUUUUAUAGUGUGAAUAAAAUGUAAUGUGCAUUA